CUGGAGUUGGCUUUAGGACCUCGCGGAGCGUUUCAAUGUAGCACAUGGUCCCCACUCAUAAGACAACACUUCUCUUUAGUUAAUUGCCGUGGAAUUUAUGUCAUACCUGUGGGCGACUGAGACAGCAGCGGCUUCUGUAUUUGUUAAUGUUUUCAUCGCUCGUUCUUUAGUUCCUCCACAUUUCUCACUUUUUGCGCGAGGCAGCUUUUGACUUGGACAUCUCUGAAUGGGGAAAGUGCGCGGAGCUGAAUCAGCUGUCGUCGGGAUUUCCUAAGGCACUCAUAUACUUGAUCAUAUUUCAGGAAGUGGUUUUAUUUUGGGGGGAUCUUGCACAUCAGCUGUUGGUAGACUUAUUGUAUGAUGGUUGCGCUGCAGUGAAACAGUCCCGUCACACUGCAGCAUCAUGAAUCCCGGGAGUCUGAAGUUUGUUAUUUUGACAGCACUUCAGGCUUUAUCUGUCUCGAUAUCGGUGUGUGACAGCGUGCUGUCCAGGUCUGCUGAAGGGAAUCAUUUGAGCACGCCUCUUCUACACAGACCAACAGCAAAGCAGAAACACUAUGGGACUACAGUACCUCUUCAGCUUGUUGGACAAGACUGGAAACCAAUCAGCCAGCUCAAAUCCCAGAGUCACCCUGCAUCAUUGAAGCUCCUGAUUGUAACGGAAGGUAAACAGCUGCUCUUGGCUCUGGAGAAAAACGAGGGGCUGUUUGCAAGUAAUUAUACAGAAACUCAUUACCUGGAAGAUGGCAGUGCGGUCACAGGCUCUCACAACUUCACGGCAAACUGCUACUACCACGGUGAGGUGGAGGGUCAUGUCAACUCGGACGUCAGCCUCAGUACCUGUGCUGGUGUUAAGGGUUUUAUAUCUUUUGAAGGCAAAUCCUAUGUACUGGAACCAUCUUCUGAUCACUCUGAUGGGACUCACUGGAUCUACAGAGCCGAACACCUCAAUUUUGCUCCUGGCACCUGUGGCCAUGAUUUCAACAUAUCCUAUCCCACUGAACAUGCAGACAGAGGCCCGUUCCAGACUUUCAGCACAAGGCAUAAACGCCACACCCAGUCGACGACCAAGUAUGUGGAGCUGAUUAUUGUGGCUGACAACAGAGAGUUUCAGAAGCAGGGCAAGGACAUGGAGAAGGUCAAGCAGCGGCUGGCUGAGAUCGCCAAUUACGUGGACAAGUUCUACAGGGCUCUUAAUAUCCGUGUGGCCCUGGUGGGCCUGGAGGUGUGGAGUGAUUUAGACAAGUGUCCCGUCACCCAGGACCCGUUCACCACCUUGCAUGAGUUCCUUGACUGGAGGAAGGUCAGACUUUUGCCUCAGAAGCCUCAUGACAACGCUCAGCUUAUCAGUGGGGUCUAUUUCCAGGGCACCACCAUUGGGAUGGCACCCAUCAUGAGUAUGUGCACAGCAGAGCAGUCGGGAGGAAUUGUCAUGGACCAUUCGGACAACCCCCUGGGCGCUGCGGUAACUCUGGCCCAUGAGCUCGGACACAACUUUGGAAUGAACCAUGACACGCCAGAAAGAGGGUGUGGGUGCAGGGUGACAGUGGAUCGUGGAGGCUGCAUCAUGACUCCCUCCACCGGGUAUCCGUUCCCCACAGUGUUCAGCAGCUGCAGCAAGAAGGACCUUACAGCCAGUUUUGAAAAAGGCGUCGGAAUGUGUCUAUUCAACAUGCCUGAGGUCAAGGUCCUCUAUGGUGGGCAGAAAUGUGGCAACGGCUACGUAGAAGAGGGAGAGGAGUGUGACUGCGGAGAACUUGAGGAAUGUAUGAAUCCCUGCUGCAAUGCUACUACCUGCACCCUGAAGGGGGAUGCUGUUUGUGCACACGGACAGUGCUGCCAGGACUGUCAGCUGAAGCCAGCAGGCACUCCCUGCCGUGAAUCCAGUAACUCUUGUGAUCUGCCUGAGUUCUGCACCGGUAGCAGCCCUCACUGCCCCGCCAACGUCUACCUGCAUGACGGCCACGCCUGCCACAACAAGGACGGCUACUGUUAUAACGGCAUCUGUCAGACUCACGAGCAGCAGUGCAUCACAUUGUGGGGCCAAGGAGCAAAGCCAGCUCCAGGCAUCUGCUUUGAAAGGGUCAACUCAGCAGGAGACCCCUAUGGCAACUGUGGCAAAGACUCCAAAGGCUCCUUUGCCAAAUGUGAUGCACAAGAUGCUAAAUGUGGCAAAAUCCAGUGUCAAGGAGGGGCUAACCGCCCAGUAAUUGGUACCAACGCUGUUUCCAUAGAAACAAACAUCCCCAUGCAGGAAGGGGGAAGGAUACUGUGCAGAGGUACACAUGUCUACUUGGGUGAUGACAUGCCCGACCCUGGCCUGGUCCUGACGGGGACCAAGUGUGGAGAUGGAAUGAUGUGUCUGAAUCGUCAGUGCCAGAACGUCAGUGUUUUUGGAGUGUAUGAGUGCUCAGCCAAGUGCAGCGGUCGAGGGGUGUGCAACAACAACAAAAACUGUCACUGUGAGGCUCACUGGGCGCCUCCAUUCUGUGACAAGGCAGGUUUUGGAGGAAGUGCGGACAGUGGCCCCAUCAGAUUAGCCGACAGCGGGAAUCUAACAGUGGGCAUCCUGGUGGCUCUCCUCACUACCCUGGGAGCUGGUCUAAUCAUCUGCAUCAAGAGAAAAACUCUACUGGGCCUGCUCUUCACCAGUAAAAAGAACCCAAUUGAGAAGCUCAGAUCAGUAAACGCUGCAAUCAGCGGACCAUCCGCUUCUACCCAGCCUCCAUCAGUGAGCACCAUGUCUCCAUCUCGACCAGCACCACCUCUGCCACACAGCUCUACAAUCUUCAAGCCUCCUCACCGGGGCCCAGAGGCGGUGCUCCCACCGGCCCCCUACCCCUCCCACAGCCUGCGCAGACUGCCCCAGUGCCCUCCAGUUCACCUCAGCCAUCCUGUCCCUCUGACUCUGACCCUGUCUCUCUCCCCUGGCCCUGGGCAGCCAAGACCCCCGUUGCCUCCACCUCACAUUCAUGUGGCACAGAGGGGCGCGUCAUUUCGCAGUGUGUCACGCCAUAACUCCUGCAGGAUGGUCAUGGAGUUCGAGAAGCCCAGUCCUCCUCAGAAACCCCUUCCUGCUGAUCCAAGGAGCUCUCGUCUGGUUCGAAGUCCAUCUGAAGUGCAGGGCCACAAUGUAGUCCAAGGGCCCUCUGCUGUUUGUAGCCCUGCACCAGUACCUGGUGUAACCAGACCAAUGCGCCCUAUCCCACGUCCCAACAGACCCAGUCCCAAGCAACCCCCAACACUACCAAAGCCUUGCAUAAUUGCCAACGUCAAAUACAGCAGCUGAGACUUUGGCCAGAAGGGACAUUGUUGUGAUAAGACACUAAAGAAUUUGCACUAUGAAAACUCUGAAAACCUUAAAAAGAUGGUGGCUUCUGUGAGUUUUUAAUCAGGAGAUCUGCCGUGUCCCUUUGGUGCUCUGUCUCUGAAUGGUGCUACGAGUCUGAGCUCAGGUACAUGUAAAGUAUUUAUAUUCUGUAUUUAUUGCCACGCAGUGCACUGUGCUAGACACUUUUACUACACGGUAGCAAUUUAGAAUUUUUAAUUUGGUGUUUGCAACAGUUUCAAAAUAAUAGUUUUUCAUAGAAUCUGAUUUUUAAGGAGAGUGGCAGGAGAUUUAGAAAGAAAAAAGCCAAUCUGUGAAAUUCUGAUUGCAGAAAUGUUGUUAUGAAAUGUGUUUUGAUGAAGGGAAUCCUUUACAUUAUGGUUUUGUUCUGUAUGCUACAGGAAGAAUUGAAAAAGAGUAUUGUGCAAUGACAGAUGAGAACAGAGAAAACUUCAAACAACACUUAGUAUUUCAUUUACAAACAAGUGAGUUUUUUGUUGAAGGGUAAUGCUCUCUGUAGCAACGUUGAGCCAAUCUGAUAAGGCUUGAAACAACCACCAAAAAAGAAAAAGUGGUAUUGCUGCAACAGUUCUGCAAUGUGCUCUGCAAUUGGGAAAGAGGGGCUGUUGUUUUCACAGACAGCUGAAAUUCAGGUAUGGUGUCUCUGCAUUUAUAUAUCAGAAAGGUAACAAUUUGAAUUGUGAAAUGUCAUUGUCGUUUCCUUUUCAUUAACAAGCCCCAAGAAUCUCACUUGAGGGAUCUGGGUACUGAUGUAUGAACUGAACAUGGAUCUAAAAUGAGCUGACACCAAGGAAGCAUUCAUCCCUCAGAGAGGGUAAACGUCUCUGAAAUAAUCCUCUGCUAAAGGUCAUGUGGGUUUUUGAGUUUUUCCCCUCUGUGCCUGUCUACACCAAGGACUAUGUGUGAAACUCUGUAAUUAAAUUAUGGAAUCACUAAGGACUUUCUUAAAGCUGUGGCCAUACAGGCGUCAUGGAGGCACUCACAUGUAAACAGCCAGUGUCUGGCUAUAGUGUCCAUGUGUAGAUUUUAAAUCAUGUUUUUCUGUGAUGGGAAAUGGCCGUUUCAGUUGACACGGACACGUCUGCCACCGAAAUGAAGUUUAGUGGUUACUCAGUGUACAUUGAGCCACCAGUAACUGUGGCAGUUAUUCAUUUUCUAUUUUUGUACCUUUUUAAUUUGGCUAUUGAGAUUUGUUUUUUUUAAAGCCAAUCUACAUGUCAGAUACAAAAUCCUGCAUAAAUCGGAUUUGUGGUAAUUGAACAGUGUUAUAUUGUUUUUUGUAGAAUUAUUGCUUUACUGGAUUGCAAUGCAGUGUAUAUACAUUCACACUGAGCAACAUUUGCUUUAAGCACAGCUCUUGUUCACAAAUAUGUAGGCUGAGAACUGACUUUAAACUUUUGUUACUUUUGAUACUGUUAUCUUUUUAAUAACACACUAGUUUAAAAUUCAUUGCUUUGUUUAUUUUGCUUUGUCAAUGCUAUGUGUCCAUGUACUAAUAGACAGUAUUUGAGUCCAGUCACCUGACUGUAUGUUAUGUCCUUGUGUUACUCAUAUGUUGUGUUACAGGUGAACACAUUUCCAUGGAGAAUGCUUUUAAAUAAUGAUUGUUUGAUACGUUAUAUGUAAAGAAAACAUUUAAAGUGUCAAUGUCGGGUCAUUGUAUUUUGAACACUCAAGCAGCAGUAGUAGUAAAACUGUUUUUCAAACACUGAA